GCCACGGGCGCGCUCGGGUGAGUGAGUGUCCGUUUUUCUGGUUCAUGCCGCCGGCGCGCUCCUCGGGCCCCGCCUCCACACCCAGUUUCGGGGGUCGCCUGAGACACCUGACCUUCAGGGAUGUGGCCAUCGAAUUCUCUAGGGAGGAGUGGGAGUGCCUGGACCCUGCCCAGAGGGCCUUGUACAGGGACGUGAUGGUGGAGAACUACCGGAACCUGGUCUCCCUGGGAAGCCUUUCUGCUGGAUUUGCAAUCAGGAAGUUCUCACCAAAAGAGGAAAUUAAUAAAGGAGAAUCAUACCGCUUAGUGAUCUUGGAGGGCAAUGAAAGCCAAGGCACCAAGGAUUUUGAUCUCAAGGAAGUCUGGGAAAAUAUGCAUGAGUUUGAGAGUCAGUGGAGAUGCGCUGCAAGAAAUUACAAAGAAGUGCCUUUGACACAUAACAAAAAUCUCACUCAUAGAAAAGAUCAGCAGCUAAAUAAAUCCUCAAUUACUUUUCCUCCAAAGCAGAGUACUUCUGUAGGAAAUCAUACAUACCAAUAUUUCAUGCAUGGUGAGCCAUUUGUAAGGCAUUUGUUAAAACUGGAAAAUAACACAAGUGCUGCUGGAAACUGGUACACAGACCGUUUGGAAAACAGAACUGGGUUAUGUUUACACGCACACCUGGCUGAACUGCAGAGAUUUCAGACGGAGGAAAAAAUGUAUGAAUGUAACCAAGUUGAGAAAUCUUUCAACAAUGGUUCCUCUGUUUCACCACUUCAAAGAACUCCUUCUAGUAUCAAAAACAUUUGGAAUAAAUAUAGGAAGAUUUUAAAAUAUCCUUUGUUACCUGCACAAUACAGAAGAGCAUACACUAGGGGAAAAUCUUACAAAUGUAAUGACUGUGGGAAGGCUUUUAGCAAAAGCUCAAACCUCAUGAGUCAUGAGAGAAUUCACUCAGGACAGAGACCUUACAAAUGUAACGAGUGUGGCAAAGCCUUUACAGAGCGCUCACAUCUUACUCAACAUAAGAAAAUCCAUACUGGAGAGAAACCUUACAAAUGUAAAGAGUGUGGCAAAGCCUUUAACCAAUGUUCAAACCUCACUAGACAUCAGAGAAUCCAUACAGGAGAGAAACCAUAUAAAUGUGACAUAUGUGGCAAGGUCUGUAGUCAAAAUUCAAACCUUGCAAAUCAUCAGAGAAUGCAUACUGGAGAGAAACCUUACAAAUGUAAUAAAUGUGGUAAGGCUUUUAUCCAACGGUCACACCUUUGGAGUCAUGAGAGAAUUCAUAGUGGUGAGAAACCUUACAAAUGUAAUGAAUGCAGCAAGGCCUUUGCUGAACGUUCAAGCCUUACUCAACAUAAGAAAAUCCAUACUGGAGAGAAACCUUACAAAUGUAAGGAGUGUGGCAAAGCUUUUAAGCAGUGCUCACAUCUCAUUAGACAUCAGAAUACACAUCCUGGAGAGAAACCACACAAAUGUGAUGUUUGUGGCAAAACUUUUAUCCAAAGUUCUAGCCUUCUAGAACAUCAGAGAAUUCAUACAGGAGAAAAACCUUAUAAAUGUAGUAAAUGUGAUAAGGCUUUUAUCAGACGGUCACACCUAGGGGGCCAUGAGAGAACUCAUACUGGAGAGAAACCUUACAAAUGUAUUGAGUGUGGCAAAGCCUUUGCUGAGCGUUCAAAUCUUACUCAACAUAGAAAAAUCCAUACUGGAGAGAAACCUUACAAAUGUAAUGUGUGUGGCAAAGCUUUUACCCAAUUUGCAAACCUUACCAGGCAUCAGAAAAUACACACUGGAGAGAAACCACACAAAUGUGAUGUGUGUGACAAGGCUUUUAUCCAAAGUUCAAGCCUUAUGGAACAUCAGAGAAUUCAUACAGGAGAAAAACCUUAUAAAUGUAACAAAUGUGAUAAGGCUUUUAUUAAACGUUCUCAUCUUUGGGGUCAUGAAAGAACUCAUACUGGAGAGAAACCUUAUAAAUGUAAUGAGUGUGGCAAAGCCUUCACGGAGCGUUCACAUCUUACUCAGCAUAAGAAAAUCCACACUGGAGAGAAACCUUAUAAAUGUAAUGAGUGUGGCAAAGCUUUUACCCAGUUUGCAAAACUUACUAGGCAUCAGAAAAUACAUAGUGAAAAGAAACAUUAUAAAUCUAGUAUGUGUGGCAGUGGUUUUAUUCAAAACUCAAGCUUUGGGGAUCAUCAAAGAACUCAAAAUAGAAGGAAACCUUACAAAUAAAAUGAUUAAGCAAGUGUUCAAGGCUUAUUCAACAUCAGAGAUUCCAUAUCAUGGAGAGGAACCAUAUGAAACUAAUGUAUGUGGCAAAACUUGUAACCAGGGGC